GUUAAUUAUACAUUAAUAGCAACAACAACACAAAAAGUAAGGAAAAACGCAGGCGCAAACAACUGCAACUACAAUAGCAUUACGAGAGCACGAACAAUGCACAUGCACACACAUACACGAAUGCACAGCAACAACAUUGCCGCUUGAAGAAAUAAACAAAUCGGCGAGUGGUGGCGGAGACUGCGACGCGGCAGAGGUAAUAAAUCAGUGACAACAACGGCAAAAUGUUGACUGCAGUUUAUCAAAAACAACAGCAGCAACAGCAACAACAAGAACAGAUAACUAUAAACAACAACUUUAAAGAAACUAAAGCACAAGACGAACAUAAACGACGUCUCGCCACACGGCUGCUGCUAGAGAGACGCUAAGCAAGGCGCACCGGCAAACAAAGUGAACUUAUUCCAAAAGUGUAAACAAAAAUACGAGUCACAGCAACAAAAACAACAGCUAGGCUAAUAUACACGAAUACGACGUUUUGAGAGCAACUGCAACAACAACAACAAGUUGCUUAUGUGCAUACAGCACUAAGCGUUAUUGUUGCUAUUGUAAAGUUGAGUUUUUUUUUUUUAAUUUUUCUGUUGCAACAACAAUGCAUUGCAAGCGCCGCGCUGCAUAGUAAGCGUGAGCGUAAGCUGGAAGCAACCGAAUACCUGGCGCUGCUUAAUUGUUGCACGGCUUGGUGAACACUUUGUAGUGCAGCAACAGCAAGCAGCAUCGUCAACACAUACGCGCUGAGGUGUUUACACAAGUGACAGCUGCAAUAACUUAAGCAUUAGCAGCAAAGCAACAACAACAACAACAACAACGAAGUAUACAUACAAUAGAUUUUUGUAAAACAGUCAACGGCAGUGGCAACUCACACAAUUAAAUUGCGCGGCACAGAAACUAAUUGAACAGUGUUGAACAGGUACUACAAAAGCGACAACAACAACAAGCACGGCAGUGAUCACUAACGUAACAAGCGCAACAGCGUUGUCGUUACAAGUGGUCAGCGGCUCAUUUUGGGUUGGCCGAUGCGGCGCUGAUUGAGUGUCACAAAUAGCAGAAGAACGCCGCACAAAGCAAAAGGCAAAAAGUUGCGUUCAUCCGCAUAAUAAAAACAACGCAGUGCACGCCUGUUGUCAACUAUAAUUGCGAAGCCAAGAAUUUUCGCGUUCGGUGCUUGUGUUGCCAUGCGAAGUUGCAACGACGCACAGCGAAAUAGUUGCAAAUAGAAUAGCAUAACGUAGUGUCAUUGCACACAUGCUCACAUACAUAUAAGCAGUUGUACAUAUAUGCAUUUUUACAUAUAUAAGCGACUAUAUAGCAAAUACAUUUAUAUACACACCCGAUCUCGUUGUUGCAUUUAGUUUAAUGUAGCCGCAAUUGGAGCCGAGCACAAAAGCGGCGUAACUUUUUUUUCUGCUUUGACUUCCUUCAUUCGUUAUUUUCGCUUUACGAGGACGCUUAAACACAAGCAAACGAAUAUUUGCCUACAAACUGCAGUUGCGGCGACAAAGCAUUGGCGGACAAUAAUCCACACAGUACCAACGGAAUUCACGAAACACUGCACAACAACAACAACAAGAAUAGUUGCGCAUAAAAAGUUGCAAUUUAAACGCAACAGACAGACAGCAUUUUUCAUAGCUACCGAUGGCCAGCAGCGCCUGUGAAUAAAAAGCACUUCAUUUGGCAUAGCAAACGGGUGUUUGGUUUUUGUUGUUUGUGCGCUUUUUUUGUUGGCAAUAGAUUGCAUGAAAUAGGCAAAAGAAACUGCGAAACUGCACGGUAAAAGAACAAACGCGCGCCGAGUGGCGACAAACUGAAAGGAACUCGCCGAGCGUGACUGCAAAGUGUGGAGGCAUUAAGGCAAAACGGCGGCUCAGUUUGCCAGCAUCAAAAAAACUGUGAAAAAAGCAUAACAACAAAAGCGCACGUUGGCAACAAUAGCAUGCGCUAACGGUACAGCAGCCAUUUGCCUAAUGAAGCAUUAGAUAGAGCAACAACUGGCAAUUUAAAGCAAAAACAGCAACAAAACUAGCACAGCGUUUGUAAGCGCAGCAUAAAGAAAUCACAUCAUCAACAACAACAACAACAAGGGCAAAAAUGAACAGUGCAACGCAUUCACCAACAGCCGCUACACCAUCAGCGGCGCAACGCAGCAGCAUGACAGCCAAUGGCCUUGAGUUAACCACAACACCGCCAGUAGCGCCGGCGCGGCACACGCGCCCCUUGCCCGCUCAACGCGCCGGCAGCGGUUGUGUCAGCGGCAAUGGUAGCAGCUCAUCCACGACCACCUCUUCGCCACCGCAAUAUAGUGAGGACUUGCGGCGCGCCAAUAUGCCCACCACAUUAAAUUUAUUGCCACGUCAAGGUAGCGUCUCCUCGACCAAGACCUGUGAAGUCGAUUUGGGCGAUGAGGAGCGUGACACUUUUUCGCCGGUAAGCACCGCCACCAGCAGCAGCGCGGACGAAUGCGCCGACGGCAGCAGUCCCAGUGAUGCAGUUAUGCCUGCUGCAGGUGAUGGCGGUGAUAACGUUGGCAGCACCAACGCGCGUGCGAACAACAGUGGCGGCAGCAGCGCAUAUGAUAAUAAAGUCUACGAUGUAGUGCAUUUGCCGACAGUAGCACCAACGCCAGCGGCGCGCUUGAAGGUGUCCAACGGCAGUGGUGUCGGUGGUGGUGGUGGUAGUGUUGCUGCUGCAACUGGUGGCGGCAUUCAUUCCACUUCGAAGGAGGAGAAGCAGCGACAGAAUGAGGAGAUUGUUAUUAUGGAAACGUCGUCAAUUUCUUCAGAAACUGGCUCAUGGGAAUCGGUGUUCCCACACGCUAACAGUAUUGCAACAGGCAGCGUGGUGUCAACGGCCGCUGCGAGCAUACCUACUGCUGGUGUUAGCAACACAGCUGUUGGAAAGGUGGCUGAGGUAAAUUAUCCAGCCUUUAGUACAGAAUUUUCUUAUGGUGAAAAUAAACUGCCGAAAGCACCAUUCGAGCUGCCGCGGGAGCGCGAUAAAUGCGGCGCAGCAGAGCCGCAAGUUAAUUUACUUAAAGAGCCUGAUAUCGCGCCCUACCUGCGGGAGCGCACUUACUCGACAGGGGCGUCAGUAACUGCAGAUACCAGCUCAUUGUUCACUGGCAUCAGUGCACAUUCGCUGUUGCGUGAUCUGGAGCGGCGUGACAACCCCAUGAAUUCUUCCGGGCAUAGCGCCUGCUUCAUUGACGCUUCAUCGCUGCGUGAUGAAGAUGAAGUGCUAUCCUUUCCAAGUCUGGAUGGACAGCAAUCGAAUGAGGAUGCUAAGGAUAUUGAAGAGCAUGUGGAAGAGCAGUCAACGAAAGUGGUUGGUGGAGAAGAUGAGGAUUCACCUACUAAAAAACUUGAAUCAUUCCAUAAAGCAUUUGCCAAGUGCAAAGUGAAAUCUAAAGACUUGCCUGAAACUGCAGAAACAUUUGAUACAUCAAAGUCAAGUUCCAGUUCGAAUUCUGGUGCAGAUUCGCCGCAGAAACAAAUUUCGGUUGCCUCCGCUACUUCCACUAAUAAUCUCUCGGACGAGGAAAAACUUUGGAAACGUGAACACGAAAAUCAAAAAGCGCCACUGAUUACCGAAGACAAGGAUGCUGUUGGUAAGGCGCAACUACUGGCCACCCAGCAGCACAUUUCCACGCAAGAAGAUGCCACUGAGGCAUCAGUUUCAUUAGUCGCUGAUGCCGAUUCCUCAGACUCUUCGGAAAUCGUUAAGUUGCGCCGUGAACAAGAACAUAAACCACGACCGUAUAUUUUUCAGCACAAUAUGCAACAAUUUAGUAUUCAUCCCUUGGCGGUGAGUCCUAAAUUUUCGGUGCACAGCUCGACAGGUACCAGCAUUUCACAUCCGACUACAGUAAAUGCAGCACACAAUGAUCUCAGCUACACUACCGACUACUCUUCAUCCAGUCCUGCACCGAGCUUAGUUUGGUCCGAACACGAGCACCGUCCUAGUCUAAGCGGUCGUCCACAUGUCGAUGACUAUGACGGGCACAUACAUAAGGCAUUUACUCAACCGGACACACCGCAUAAUUCAAUAGCACACAUAGAGAAUGCCUCAAGCAAUAACUCUUCCAUACAUCGCGACUAUACCAUGUCUUCUUCAUUAUCGCACCAACGCGAUUCCGGCGCUUAUUGCAGCGAUGCCACAGACUCACCAGUACCAAUGCCGCGCACGCCAAAACGUUCCAAGUUCGAUGAAGCAAAUCCCAUUAUAUCCGGUGGCGCAUCAAUCAAAGAUUUUGCGCCCAAGCAAUGCGAAAGUCCACCUGUGCAUCGGCGUUUGGAGUCAUGCCCCAUCGUCUCGGGUGGCUUUGCCUCGUUGGAUUUUGAACCAACACGUCCGUUGGGCGAUGAUGAUGAGGAUCAGGUAGAGUUGCGUUCACGGCCGAAGACACGUAAACCUAUACCUGGUAUUGCGUCAUGGGUUGUGGACAUGAGUGACUGUCGUACGGAGCGUCGUAAAAGCACCAGCUCAACAUCGAGCAUGGAAGCAUCUGCAAGUAAAUUUCGGGAACGUUCAGAUUCGACAAGUUCGCAUAAGAGCGGUUGCGGCUUUUACGUUUCCUUAGAUAAUAUGGAUGAUAAGCCCAAUAACGAUGAUCUCAAUAAAAAACCAAUGAAGCCGCAGAUGAGUAAAUCGUACACGGCACCGAAACCAGCCGGCUUCUUUGUUAAUCUCUCGAAGAGCGAAUAUGCCACGGCCGAAGAAGUGAAACCUGAAGAGCCAAAGUCAGAGGAGACAACAGCUGCAGAUAAGAAAAAUAUCUUUAGUAUGUUUAUAGAUAUAGGUGAGAGCAAGAAGCCUACUGGCACGCCAAGAAAAGAACCAUUUAGUUUAGCGCAACGUUUAUCUAGUUCGUACGCUUCACACGCUGCUCAACGACGCGGGGACGAUGUGAUGCGUUCCAGCGCAAGCUCGACGGAAACUUUAAUGGCAAAAAGCAGCAGUCUAAAGAUGAGUGCAGACAAUGAAUUAUGUGGGGAGAGUAAAUCGCUUGAUUAUAAGUGCAACCUUGAACCACCCAUUACAGUGGCGGCAAUACGUCGCCUAUCACAGCAGCAGCGCGCUCAAAACGACGCAACAAAACGACAUUCGUGGGGAACUAAUGCAACAAAAGAAGGCGUUACGUGCGACUACAAACGCUCCAUUAGUCUAACGGCAAAUGGCGAUUCAAAAGAGAAUGGUGGUAAUGGAUUAAUGAGUAUCAUUGAUAAAAUACCGUUAAUAUCUAAAGCGUCCUCCUUGUCGGUGGACAGCUCGUUGUCGCCUUUCGACGAAUACACCGGUUCCAAGUCUGAAUUGAGCACAUGUUCAAACAAUUCGGCAAGAAAUUCUGUGUCGGGUGGUGAGCGUGACGAUGAAGUUUUCAUCGCUGGCACUGGUGCCGCUAACGGUGGACGCGUCAAGAGACGGCGCCGCGAUGUACAAAUCAAUGAAACAUUUGACAAAAGUAGUUUGGCUUCCAUAACAGACGGUGUGCUUUCAAAAGAUUUGUCGCCAGCAUCCACGACUGAUACUGAAGACUUGACUUUCCAGCAGGAUGAGGAACUGGCAAAGCGUGAGGCGGCACUGCAACAGCAGCAGCAGCUACAGCAACAGGUGCCAUCAAAUCGCUCAUCGGCUAUUAUUAUGGAAACCAUAAUUGAGGCCAAAGAAACAUCCUCACCUAAGAAAAAUGCCUCCGGUCACACCAUGGAGACUCUACAUGCAACCAUAGAGAAGCAAAAAAUGCUGCUGGAAACUGUGAAUGAGCAUGGUGAAGUCGAAAAGGGUACAUUUGUGAAAUUAUCGGAUAUGGAUAAACCCGCAAAGUUCGAGCUACACUCGCCGGAAUCAAUGAGUAAGAGUGUGGGCAAUCAUCGUCAAAUCAAUCGGCUAUUUCGUGACGAUUCGAAAACGCGCCCUCAUUCAUGGACCAUGACCCGUUCACAAGGCAAUAGUUUCCUCAGCAUAACUAAUUCGGUGGAGAACUUGCGCAGCUUGUCGCGUCUUUUCCCGAAUUUUUCGAAAGAGUUCUCCAACUCUUUGCCGAACGACAUUAUCUGUGAUCAAAUGGACUAUAUACAAACGGAUAUCAGCGGUGAUUCCAGUAUGGCUUCAAGUAUCAGUCGUUCCGGCAUGGAUGAGUCUUCCAUAUCGUGCCGUCAACCACGCAGAUUAGGUGAGGAUUUGCUGAAAAUGUUCCUGCAAGAGAUUGCCACCGACAUGAUCGUCGAAGUGCAUGGCCGCCGCAUUAAGGCGCAUAAAUGCAUUCUACGCUCGCGCUGUCAAUAUUUUGCCGCUAUGUUGGCGGGUAGCGGCGCACAGAGUGUGGUCUCACUACAGGGCUACUCCUAUUCGGCAGUACAUUUUGCAUUGUGUCACAUUUAUUCCGGCGCUUCGCAUCCUCCCGAUGGCAUUAGUUUGAUGGAGUUGGCUGCUUUAGCUGACCUGCUUGGCUUAGAGGGACUGAAGGAAGUCACUGCGCACGCCUUGAAGACGAAUUAUUGUCACAAUUUUCAUAAACCCUGCUCGGGUUGUAUCGAUGGUAUACUACAGGUCCUGCCUGUGGCAUUGACUCACUCGUUAGAUGAUUUGUAUCGCAAAUGUCUGCGGUGGACUUGUCGCCACUACAUGAAAGUAUGGCCCACACGUCAAUUUGCUCAGCUGCCAGCAGACAUAUUGGGACGAUGUCGACAGCAAAUUGUUGCUUACAUGACAUCGGAGAGCGUAUUGGACACAGUGCUCGAUUGUGAUAACUUGCUGACACAGUUGGCGACCUACCGCUGGGGUGGUAUUUGUGAGAGUCUUGUACGUGAUAUAUUGGACGCCGCCUAUGUCUACAUUGCCGAUCACUUUGCCAGCCUGAUAGCGAGUGACUCUUUCCUAUCGCUCGGUCACGAUCGUAGCAGUCACAUACCGCGACUCGAGAGCGUACUAUUGCGCACAGCAUCGUCGCUAACACCGGAUCAGGCAUGUCGCAGUUAUCAGCGUGUGACACGCCUCAACACUGUGUUGCAGGCGAAAGUCAUACAAAUGCCGGCAAAUCUUGGUGAAUUGGCUAAAGAAUUGCAAGGCUUGCAAGAGGAAGACUUAGAUUGGGAUGCUGAGUAUAUACGUUUGRUCAGCGCCAUAUUAUCCGCAGUGGAGCAGUGUCUUAUACGACAAUGUUCGCGCGCUAUGCGUGUAACUGCUUGGCAACGUAUGGAUCUGGACUUGCGUAAGAAGAUACAGACAUUGGCGCGUCUCACCGAACCGAUGGAUCUGAAGCGCAGCAAGCCCGUCUCGAAAGCAUUCACAUUUAGUGGUAGCACACGCAACCAGGACCUGUAUCAGGUGAAGUUGGCAAUACAGGCGCAUUCGAAGCGCGCCAUGGCACAGGAUACACAACUCUAUAAGGCAACGCAGACUCAAGAUGCGGGUAAUGUGCAGACAACCGAGCGCGGUGUGCAGGCCAACAACGAUAUACGUGAAGGUACAAGUAAAAUUCUUAAAUCGAAUACCCGCGUCCAUGUGCCUCAAGCGCUGCGCGCUAGCUCACAGAGCGCCACGACUUCCGAACGCAACAGUUUAAACACACACCGGCGCACACAAUCCGAAGCGCCAAUGCAUAUAAAUAAAGGCAGCACAGCCGCACCAGCGUUGCCGCCAAAACCUACGAGCGCCGAAGUGAAGAGCGACACUAGCAAGAAAAUAGCAGCACGUCUGUCUGAGGUGCGACCACGCUACCUAGAGCCACGCAAAGUGCAUGCACCAACUGGUUUUGGUAAUGGUCCCGUGCGUAGCGCCACAAGUUCCAGUAUACCGGCCACCAGCAAAGGUAAAGGCCGUCAGAUCUCAUCUAGCGAUAGUUCGCGUACUUCCAGUCCAGCCACGCGUAAAACCGCUAGCCAAAUCGGACGUAAAUCCAUUAAUAUGUCGCUGGAUAGUUUGGCGUCGCCAUCGCGCCGUGGUCGCACCAUGCGUAUGAAGGCCACCGACAAUGCCGACCGUUUUUCGGAUCGUGGCGGUGAUUCGCUCGGCGAUAGCAUGAAAAGUUCGGUGAUGACAAAUAAAGCGAUAUCGCAGGAAUCACUUUCGAGCAUAACCAAGCUGUCGCGCUCGAAUCCCCUCAUUGGCAACAGCGUCAAACAGUCGGCAGCUGUCGGUAGUAAGUCGCAAAACAGCAAGUUGACUAAUGGUAUUGUGAAGACGAAUCGCGCUGCAAGCAUCGGCACAAAACCGCCGAAACAUUUGCAACAGCAAAAUAUAAAAUCAACCGGUUCGAGUCCCUCUUCGGUGACAACAACCAAGUCAGCCGCCAGCCGCCUCUCAUCCGUAUCAUCUACACACUCAUCGCGCGAUAUGUUCAAAAAUCGUUCGAUAUCGAUGCCGGGUCAACCAGCGUCACAGGGCACUGCUGGUGGUCAACAAACGUCUGGAGGUGGCCCGCGACAUAGUUUCUUAUCGGCCAAAUCACGUGAGAUACUCGCCAAACGCGCAGAGAAAAACAAAUUACAGCAGCAACAACAACAACUACAACAAACCGCCAAUAGCUCCGGCGACGAACGGAGCAAUACGAACGCCGUCCCUGCACCCACCAAUAACCAACAACAAAAGCAACAUCAUCCGCACACCGGUCCAAUACGUUCCGCCUCACACACAGCCGUCACAGCGGCGUCAAAUGCCAAUUAUACGCGCAACUCGCUACCAUCGAAUAUACCAACACGUCGCCCCAACUCGCUGCAACUAAAGAAAACAACAAACAAUCAUCUUGUUAGCAAUAAAAAUAAUAAUGCUGUCAAUCAAAUGGCACAUUUGAAUAAUAAAAACAAAAUCAUUAACGCCACCAAUGGUGUGUUGAAGGCAGCGCAUGCGGUCAAGCAGAAAAUCGAAUUGUUCAUCGAUACGUCCACGUCAGCGGCUGGCCGCGGUGACAAGACAACACCGCCACCAACGCAACCGACUCAGAAAAGCAUCGACCAACAACAGAAACCGACACGUGUCGAAACGAAAUUGGAGCGUUCGAGUACGUUUUGCAAGGAGUCCUCCGAUAUGGAUAUCAAUGAGUUGCAGAUUAUUGAGUAGAGAGAGGAAGCUAAUGCGACUUGGCGAGAGCUCAACCGCAAAUGAGCUCAGCCUUAUUUUCUCCAGUUUACCACCAUAAGAGCAAGAGGACGAAUCUGCAAUUUUACCAACCUGGAGGCUGGCAACGCAAGGACGCUUUGGUUAAAAGAACGACUCUAGUCAUUAAUGAUGGGGAAAUUGCUAACUAUGAAAGACAAAUUUAAAAUGACGGUAUAUACAGAAAUUGGGAAAAAUAUACAAAUAUACAAAAUUUGGAAAAAUAUAUAUAUAAUAGUAGUUGCCAAUAAUCGAAAAUUUGCAUAAACCUGAACGUAAAAACAACUUUAAUCAAAAAUGACCAAAAGCCGUUAAAACCCUAAAAACCAUGCAGUAGCUACAUGCAAUAAUAGUUAUUCGUAUAUUUGCAUACCUACCACAAAUUUACAUGCACAGCAUAAUAGUUGAUUGCGAAGUAAAAUUUGUUAUUUGAAGAACAAAUAAAUAUGAAAAUUACCAGUGUUUGUUACCGCAAAAUAUCCCUCCUCCACAAGGCCCACAAAGUGUAGGCAAACAAUAUACCCAAAUAACGCCAGCUGUGUGCACAGCGGUUAGUAAGGUAUGAUACGAAGAAGAAAUUAAAAUAAUAAUUACUUGCAACAGAAACGAACGAACGAAGUUAAGGUUUUAGAAGAAUAGUUGAAAGGUAGACUUUCGUGAUAUUAUUUACAAUGCAAUGCUUCGUUUCUUUUUUGCAGAAAGUGCAAGCAAACGUAUCUAUAUACAUAUUUGUAUAUACUAUACAUACAUAUGUAUAUCUGUGCAUGCAUAAUUAUAUGUGUGCUUUAGAAUUUUUAACUUUUGAAUUUGUGUUCGCACCUGCGAGUCUUCGAAAUACCAAAAAUAAAUAUUUAAUCAUUGCUUUUUGCGUGCAAUUGUUUUUGUUAUUCUUUUUUUAGUUUGCUUGUGCCACGAAAGUAACAGAUCGCUUAAAGCGUUUCGAAAAUCCUUCCGCCCUAUUACAGCAAAUUUAUAUUUUUGCCUUUAUAUAUGAGCAAAAUGUCAGCAAUCAGCUGUUUUGUGUUUACCAUUUAAAAUGAUUUUAUAUUUACAUUCAUACAUACAUAGAAAUGCAUAUAUUUUUGCCAACAUUGAUCUUCAAUGACUUCGAAUGCGCUAUUGCGUUUGCUUUUAUACGCAUAAUAAUUAUAUUGAAUUGUGUGUAUAUUUUUUGUAUUUUUCUUCUUUUUUUUUUUUUUUUUUUUUUUUUU